CUGCACCACGCAUAUAUCUGUGACGAGGGCCGAUUGUUCUGGACUGGACUUAUCUUUGCUGAUUGUAUCUGUCGACGGACUUGCUUUUGAGGUCUCUGCUGCACUUUAAUCCUCUUCGACAGAGCAGGACGAAAAAGAGCUUCAGCUUUCUUGACUCAACAUGGCAACCACAACUGCGGAUGCUCGUGAAAGACAUAGAAUCAGCAACAUUUUCGCGACUGGACGACCCACCAAUGUCCCCGUGAAACGCAUCUUCGCACCUGGAAAGAGAAUGCAAGCAGCACCGACUUCCGCUGUCUCUCCUGUACAGGAGCCCAACACGACCCAAGACUCGCUCUUCGACGGCUCCCUUCCUAGCUCCUGGACCUUCUCUCAAGAUACGCAAACCGUCAGUCGUGAAGCAUAUGAAGAGAACCAACGCCUUCGUGCCGAGGAGAAAGCAGAGCAAGAAAGAGAACUUGAACCCUCUCCCUCUCCCGCUCCACCGCCACCACCACCACCACAACCCAAACCCUUACCAUCAUCGCGAAGAUCCCAUCAAAACCCUUCGUCCACUCUAUCCCAACAGUACAUGCAACGAGCACUGAAAAGCAACGAAAAACGCGACCUUCAAGAUCCAGAUUAUCAAGAACAAGACGACAUCACGACCCCAAAACGACAAUACGUAACUCGUUCACGAACUUCUGCGAAUGCAAAUGUCUCUUUUAACGACGAGCACGAGCAUCGUCAUACCCCGCCAUCACCAUCAUCACGCAUGGAAGAAGAAGAAGAAAGCAUAGACGAAGAUUCGAGUUCCGGACCCGAUGAAAUCCCAGCAAUCUAUCAAGACGUUCCAACUUCUUCGGCACAACGACGCGUGGUGGUGGUGAAAAGCAAACCACCUAGAAAAUCUCCCCCUUCGAAGAAAAGUAACGAUGAGCGUCGUCGGACGAAGAAACAAACCUCAAGACUUUCUCCCGUUCCUCAACGCCCCACACAGACCGAAGAGGAAAAUUUCCUGGGUUUGGGAAUGGAAAUCGAUUAUUAUCAUCAAAGUCCAGAUUCGGAUUCGGAGCGAAGGUUCACAACAACAACCCCACGACGAGUUCCUCAAACAACAAUACCUUCACACACGACUCGACCAGACGUGAGUUCACGCUCGGACGAAGAAUUAGUCCGAGAUUUACGAGCUGCGAGGGCAGGACUGGAGCGCGCGGAGGCAAGGACGAGGAAAGCGAUGGCUGCGGAACGGGAGGCGUUGGAUCGGAAAGAGAAGAUUUGGGCGGAGAUGGAGAAGAGGUUUGCUUGUGCUAGUCCGAAGAGGGGGAUGAUGUAGGGGGCUUUCAAUUGUGGCUGUAAAGAAGAGGCGAUUUGCUGGAAGAAUUUGAACGCUCCCUUUCUUUCUAAUAGCUAGCUAGGGGUUUUAUGGGGAGUUAUCGUCGUCGUCGCCGAAAAGCGAGGCGAACUUGUCCUCGAUAGUGGAUGGUAGGAUCUCGAACUCGGGCUCAUUAGCAUCGCCGCCG